AUGACUUCCUGGGCAGAUCAGAAUGAUUUACUUCGUUUUGGGAAGAAAAUUCUCGAUACAACAGGUACACCAACACCAACCGAGAAAUCUCUCAUUUCCUCCCUCGCUAGUGCCACGGGCGUAGGUUAUAAUGUUGCUCGCGAUGCCUACGUCAAAUCUGUUCUUGAUCCUUUGUUACAAGACAAAGUUCACAAAUCGAUGAAAUGGAUCAUCAAUUCCAACUUCGUACCGGAAUUUGUUGAUCCGAAAGAGAAUGGCAUAGGCUUGGAUGAUAAUAGUUUUGAAGGAGAAAUCAUCGACCCAACGAUAUUUAAUGUGGAUGGAGUGCCAAGCCCUAAGAGGAUGUUCAAUCUUGUUACGGGAAAUAUGGAAGAUUGGCCAAAUGGACAGUAUGUAAUAUUGAGUCAUAGUUGGAAAGGUCAAGAAAUUACUUUCCCAUUUCUUCAAAAGAUCAAGGAAAAUGCAAGAAAAAGAGAAGUUUAUGAGAUGACGCGUGAUUCUCAUGACGAAGAUGAGGAUGCAAAAAGAUUCGCCAGUUUCCAAGUUAAGAAAUUUGGUCAUUUAGAAGCUGGCAAGAGUGAUGUAGAGCUACUCGCUGCUCAAUGCAAGAAAGAUGUUGAUGAGCAGAUCAAGAAAGUUGAGAUUGUCUUGAGUCGUUCUGGGAAGAAAUUAGAUUCCCUCAACACAGGCACUUUCCUCGCGGAGUUAACCGAAUUUAAAGAAGCUACUUCGGAAACAAGAAACCUUCGCAAAGAACUCGUCGCAAAGAGAAAAGAUGUGGAGGUAAAAAAACUGGCAGAUAAGAAUCUAGAGAAGGGAAAGCAAGACAUGGGAGUUGAUGAUUCAGAAACACCGGUUGAAAACGAGGCGAACAAAGUCAAUAUCCUGAACUAUAGCAACAAUUCAUCGAAAAUCAAUUCAAUGCUUCUUGACCUUGAAGAGAAAACGCGACUCGCAGAAAUGAGACUUAAAAAUGCAACAGAGAAACACGCCAUCUUAAACGAAAUUCCUGGCCUACGUUCCGCAAUAGAGGACUUCCUUCCCAUCUUGGAGAGGCGAAAGUCUAUGUAUAAAAUUGAAAGCUCUAUUCGGGAAGCAAAGAGAAUCCUCAGUUCUGGCUUAUUUCCGUCCAAUGGUCGUAAACAGUAUCUUUGGAACGAUACCAUUUGCAUCAAUAAAGGCGACGCAAAUGAGCAGAAUGAAUCACUUGCCAUGAUGGGACAAUGGUACAAUAAUGCAGAAUUUUGUUUAGUACAUCUCGAUACAUCAAGCUCAACAGAGUGGGUUAGUACUUGGCAUAGUAUCAAUAUGGAUUCUCCUGGUACAUGGGCUUGUGAUGCAAAUUUCACCAAAUUUGAAGACGUGAAGUCACCAAAAUGGUCGACUAGAGGAUGGACUUUGCAGGAAUUGGUCCUAAGUAAAAUGGCGUUCUAUGUAAACAAUCUUUGGGAGCCUUUGCCUAGAGUCGUAGAAGGUUUGGGACCGUAUUACUACCAUUGUUCUUAUCUUCAACAGCACAUACACGAAGAAGAUAUAAUCAAUGCGCCUAAAGAAGCAAAACUUUUCCUUUUUAACUUGGAAAAUCUGAAAUUACUCAUGGAUACCGGUGAGAAGAUUCCUUACUUUGAUUCAACAGAAGGCCUUGAAAAUUCAAGAAGACUCAUUGGUAUUCUUGGCUACCUCGGAAUUCAAUUUCCUGGAGAAAUGAACGACGACAAUUCAGGGGCCCAUAUUCGGGACAUAAUAUCACGGGCCGGAUAUGAUGUUGAAUCAAGAAUCAAUAUGGAAACACCCGCCGCUGAGACCCUUCGGAAAUUAUUUACAACUCUUGGGUUUGAUUUAAAUGACAAUUCAAUUAGAGCUCAAGUAAGGAUUUUGAUCAAACUCUUGAUCAGAGCCUUGGUCGAUGAUUGUGUCCCUGCUAUUGAAGCAGAUCGAAGUAAAGUCUCUGAAUUCACCAAAGUACCUCCUCCUGAGUGCUGCCGUGGACUUAGCAGACCAACCCUUCCAGCUCACGAUACUUUGUCAUUAGCAUCAUAUCGAGAAUGUACCGUUCCUAUUGAUAGAGUUUACUCACUCAUGGGAGUUCUCGGUGUAAAGUUUUCAGCUUUCCAUGCGGAAGGUCCAACCAAAGCCCUUUGUCGGCUACUUGACGAGGUCGUCAUUUCCACCAAUGAUGUUUCAAUCUUUAGUUGGGCAGGUAAAGAUCUUGGAAGCCCAAUUAGAGGACGAUCUUUAUAUCCAUCGAGUUUGACCGCCUUUAGUCCAGAGAAAACGGACAAUUAUUUCACUACGAGGAAUGGUGAAUUGGCGGCCGCAUACAAGGAAAAUAGAUAUAGAUUGCAAGAUACAGCAUCCAAGAUCACUUUACUAUUGAGUCAAACCAUUGACUUUAUCAAAAAAACAGCUCAUCGAGAUAUUCCAGUCGGGUUACUCCAAACUAUUCUCAGAUUUAUUGAGGAUACCAGCCUGAAAGAACUUAGGCCUCAAUUGAUCCACCUUGGGAAGCUAGUAGUAUACCUCGAGAAUACUCCAAGUUUCGAGAAGUACAAACCAAAAAUUGGCUAUAGAACUGAGAAAGAAAAAGCACAAAAAGCGCUUGUUCGUGAAGAAGAAAAACCAGCAACUCAAAAUAACAUCACCAUGGCUUCGAAGUUUGGAUUUAAAACACCUCAAAUACCUCAAAUACCACAGAUGCCACAAAUCUCCACACCGAAGCUCAAUAUAGGACUCAAGGGAUUUGGCAGAAAGACAAAGGAACUAGUAGCCCCUAUCAAGGAAAGUGUAGAUGCUCCACCAGUCCUUCACGUAAAGCCUGAACUUUUAGAGGUCGAUUAUCUAAUGGAAGAAGAACCAAAGAGUUUAAUCGAUGAGGUGAAUCAUUGGUUAUCCCAAGAUCAAGAUAUCAACAGCAUUCCGAAAGAAUUCCAACCACUCUUUGAUGAAAUCAAAGCUCCCAAAUUAAAUGGUCCACCGAUGGGAAAACGUCAGAAGCCACAGAUAACCAGAGAACUUCUAGGUUCUGGUAUGAUAUGUCCAAAUCCUAUCAUGCUUACAACAUCUGGUAUUGAAGGUGUCUUUGAUAUCCAAAGGGUCAUAAUCGAGAUGCAAAAUUCGGAACACCUUCGAUACCAAGUACAAAGCGCUGUGAACGAUAGUCAAAAGAUAAGUGGGCAUUGUACAAUCAGUACUGCACUGUCUAUGAUAAAAGUCAAUUUUACUUGUGAGGCAGGGGCCCUGAGAAAGCAACUAGACGUUUGUGAUGUGGUUCAGAGAGCUCUGUCUGAGCAAGAGGAAAAGAGAACAUUUGGUCCAACAAAUUCCAGACCAGCUGUUACCACAGGACAAGAAAGUGAUAGUUAUUACAAAAAGCUCACCUCGUUGUCCUCUGGUUUUAUGGGCAAAGUGCCUGAAACAGUCGGUUCCACAGGAGAAGAAAAUCAAAACGCCUCUACUCCAGAUCCAUCAGCUCAAGUCCAAACCUUAGGCGAGAAUUCGGAACAGCUUCAUGUGGUUCGUAUGUUGGAUUUCGUCCAAGAAAAUGAUAUUAACCUCAUUGUGGGUGAAUGGGUCCUUGCUAGGUUUACGGGCGUUGAAGGAGCAAAAUGGUUCCUAUGUCAAUUGGAACUGGGGUCAACUCACAGUUACUAUGGACGACGAAUCGCUACAGAUAAAAUUGACUUCGAGAAUGUGGUACCUGAACCUGGACUUGUUGAUCACUGGGAAAGCUAUAUGAGAAAUAAGAAAACCGAACUUUGUCGUAUUGUAAAUGUGUUAGUUCAAGGACGGGUAGCUCGACAGUAUGCAGACUCAGUUACCAGCUCGGAAAUCAAACCUGAAAUUGAUGAUGAUUCAGAUCAUGAGGGUUCAGAUAAUAAGGAAAAGCUCAAAGACUUUCUUUUUAGGAGAGGGACACUCAUUGGUGCCGGACUUGUACAAACGCUCACUGAUAUCUGGGGUGAGAGAUUGGAAGCAAUGUUGAAUGAUACUGUUCUUCAACAGGUUCCAAAAGGACUCAGAGCUGCCAUCAUGAAUUUGAACGAGAAUGAGGAUUUGUUACCGGCUAUGUUUCUGAGUGGUAUCCAGGUACAUAUGUUCUAG